AUGUCGCAUACCGGUACCUUUCGAGGAACGCCCAAUAAGACCAUCGGCAGGGGAAGGCUGCCCGACUUUGACGGUUCCAACUCCCACAUCCCCCGUCCCCGAUCCGACCGUCCUGAACCUACCUCUUCCCACACCCCAUCCAGCGACGUUGGCAGUGGUACAGGCACAAUGAGCGCCGCCAGCAGCAGACAGCGACAAACCCAGUCGAAACGUGAUGAGGCGAUCCGCCUCAAGAUGGAGGCCAACCUCAACAAGAAGAGGCAAAAUCCGACCAAGGCCGCUCGUUCUCGCAAAGCCCCACCGGGGACCGUCCUGGCCCUGAAGCCUAGCCAGGCCCUCCAGAUCAAGCCCUCGCUCAACAUUUCGGAGGCUGCCCAGUUGAUGGCCGCCAAGCGCGAGGACUGUGUGUUGGUCACCGACGAUGAUGAGCGCAUCGCCGGUAUCUUCACGGCUAAGGAUCUGGCUUUCCGUGUAAUUGGAAUGGGUCUGAAGGCCCGCGAGGUCUUGGUCUCUGAGAUCAUGACCAAGAAUCCCCUAUGUGCGCGAACGGACACCAGCGCAACCGAUGCGCUCGACCUGAUGGUUCGGAAGGGAUUCAGACAUCUGCCAGUCAUGGACGAGAACCAGGAUAUUUCCGGUGUCUUGGAUAUCACAAAGUGUUUCUACGAUGCGAUGGAGAAAUUGGAACGCGCCUACAGCUCGUCGCGGAAGCUCUACGAUGCUUUGGAGGGUGUUCAAACGGAGCUUGGCUCUAGCCAGCCCCAGCAAGUCAUCCAGUAUGUUGAGGCUCUGCGGUCGAAAAUGUCCGGCCCGACCCUUGAGUCGGUGCUGGAUGGCAUGCCGCCAGUGACUGUCUCGGUCCGAACUACUGUGAAGGAUGCUGCGGCUCUUAUGAAGGAGCACCACACUACUGCCUUGCUUGUGCAGGACCAGGGCUCGAUCACCGGUAUCUUCACCAGCAAGGAUGUUGUUCUGCGUGUUAUUGCCCCUGGCCUUGACCCAGCCACCUGCAGCGUUGUUCGCGUCAUGACCCCUCACCCCGACUUUGCUCCCUCUGAUAUGAGCAUCCAGGCCGCGCUCCGUAAGAUGCAUGACGGCCACUACCUCAACCUACCCGUGAUGAACGAGGGUGGUGAGAUUGUCGGCAUGGUGGAUGUGCUGAAGCUCACCUAUGCCACCCUUGAACAGAUCAACACCAUGCAGACUCAGGACGACGAAGGCCCUGCUUGGAACAAGUUCUGGCUUUCAAUGGACCACGAGUCGGACUCGAUGGUCUCUGGCAGCCAGAGUCAACAGCCCCACCGCUCUGUCAUGAGCCCCGACCUGGCCCGGUCAGGCUACGACAAUAGCCUCCUUCCUAACGAUUCCGCAUCACACAACGGCGCCGAAGAGCACUCGGAAGUUGCAUCGCAACACCACCAAGUCGAGGAUAUUCCCUUCCCCUUCAAGUUCAAGGCUCCCAGUGGUCGUGUGCACCGUGUGAACGUGUUGACCUCCGCGGGUGUCGAGGACCUUGUCAAGCAGGUUACAGCCAAACUGGGUGGCGAGCUCGAGGCCGUUGGUGGUGAGGCGGUGGUUGAAGAAGGCCGCCUCAGCAACACUGGCUAUGCCCUCAGCUACAUGGACAACGAGGGCGACACUGUCUCGAUCACUACCGACCAGGACAUGCUCGAUGCUAUCAACCUUUCUCGUGGAACUGGCCGUGAUAAGGUCGACCUCUUUGUUCAUGACCCGUCUCAGCCACCUAUCCCUGCCACUGUUGAGCCCCAACCACUUAAGCCCGCCACCCCAGUUGUUGUUGAAGAUCAGGGUAGCGUUACAGACUCCACUGCCAUUGAGGAACCCGUUGUGAAGCCUCGGCAGCAGCAGUUCCCCUCGCAUGGACAUGGGCAUGGCCCUGAAGACCAGCUCAUUGCCGGUGUCCCCAACGACCUGCUCCUUCCUGGAGCUAUUGUGACUUUGGCCGCAGUUAUUGCGGGUGUGUUUAUUCUCAGCCGACCCAGCGGUCGCUAA